GUUGAUGUUGUUGAUUGACUGGAUGACUGACUAUUCUAUCUAUUGUUACACUGACAGCUUCUAGCUAGUAGUAUUCAGGAGAGUGAAUAAACAAUACAUAAUCGCAUCAGUGGGUUUGGCCAUCAUGGAGGAGGACGGAGGUGUGGAAAUCCCACUAGCUGAAAGUGAUGAUGAUGAUUUUGAAGGUGUCAUCCCAUCUGUAGAAUCUCCUGAAGAAGUUGCUGAGAAUGUGCUUCCUCCUACCGGUACCGGUACCGAUAUGCCUCUAACGAUUGAGAAUCCGUUUCGACAUCAAUCCCUGCCCCACACGAAUACGAAACGAGAUCACUUUCCUUCCUUUGAUCAAGCCGUGAUGAUGCGCACAGGUUCUCCUGCUACGUCCUCGUCGUCGUCGAGAAACACUAACUUGUCGUCACACAACAACAACAACAACAACAACAACAACAAUUCUAACGAGAAUACACGUAGAAGCCCAAAUGCAUUGAACCAAUCCAAUGCCUCUUCUACUGCCAAUUCCAAUGCGUCUUCCCUCAACAUGUCCAUCGGAGCUCGCGCUGUUCUCAAUGAUCAUCUAAGACACAUUGCCAAACAUGGUUUAGACAACAGUAACAGCAGCAACGCGUAUACAGGUAGUCCAACUCAUCAGCACCCGCCAAAGUCUCAAGAAUCAAUCACACCACCACGCAAUCCUUUAGAUGCUGUUUGGGACGAUAUACUCGAGGGUACAGACGAGAAAGCUGAUAUCGAUAGAAACAACAAUCCUCCUCCAUCACCUCCAGCUGGGGCUACCCUGAGAUCUUCCUCCUUUCAAUCACCACCUGAUUUGGACCGCAUUGACACCAUUGUCUCCGUCUCGUCGGGAGAUGAGGAAGGAACAGUUGCUAUAGAAGUAUCGCCCAAAAUGGAACUUGCCGGCAUGAAUACACCAGAUUUUGCUCGGCGGCAACCCCGUCGCAGUCAGCAGCAGUCAUCGUACAUCUGGGAUCCUCAUGCUCAAGAUGACAAUCAAAGUCGUAGCAGCAAAUCGACAGCUUCCUACUUUCAAAGUGAACGAGUACAAGAACUUCAUACACCCGAACGAAAUCAAUCCAUGUUGGGACCACAACACCAGUCGGUCACAUUGCGGAAUACCUCCUACUCGCCUGCAACUCCUUCCAUUCUGGAGGGCUCGUCGAUCACAGCAGAUCACUCCAUGACAAUGGCGCAAAUGUUUCAGGCCUUGACGAUGGGAUCCGCAGGAGGAGUGUCGCCUCCUCCGAUGGAUACUAGCUUUGCUUCCUUUGGUGUCGGAGCUGCAGAUUUGUCACGCAUCACUGCCACUGGAGGAACCCCCGAAACUUCCUAUGCCCAGCAACAAAGCAGCAUUAGUCCAUCACACCACAAUCAGCUGCUCUUUCCGUCCUGGGACGACGACUCAUUCCAUGGGCACAUGCUAGAUGUUCCUCCACCGCCGCCACCGCCUCCUCCUGCUAGUCGUCGAUCGACCAGCAACCUGACCAAAAACCCUUCCACGGUUAGGACUGUGACUGACAGUGCUGUGUGGAGAUCCUUUCCAAUGCCUCGCAUGCACCGAUCCCUGUCACCACCCGAAAUCAAAAGACCGCCGUUGCUGCAAAAGCAACACUCUUGUCCAACGACGGCACAACAAUCUGUAAUAUCAGACGAAGCUCCUUGGGACGAAGCAGAAGCCGUAUUCUCUGCGGCGGCGAGAAAAGCAGGUCUCUUGGCAUUGGCACAGGAGCAACCAAACAGGGGAAGUGAGCAGGAACCACCACCGACAGAGAAUCUAAUGGACUUUUUCCGUGAUGUCACUGCAGGACCUGGAUCUUCCUCCAUUUCGUCCAGAGACAACCCAAGUGUCAGUUCUCCACCAGGCUUCUUCCUUUCUGGGAAAACAGACUCUGCUCCGAUUACAAUCGCGCAUUCUCAGGACACAUCCGAUAUUUCAACAAUUCAUAAUGAAUCCUCCUCGGGGGUAGCUCAACAGAAUACAUCGUCCUCUUCCUCAUCGAUCAUGGGGAAACCACCAGCGGCAUCCGUGAUGAGGCGACAAACCAGGACUGGCAAGCCACCAUCUGAUAAACGACAAAAGGCCAGCGGGCAACCCUAUGCUGCUGUCAGCCCGCAAAACAAGUCAUCGUCUUCCUCGUCGUCUCAUCACGGAAGCAAGCACUUGGAUCGACGCCGUUACAGAACCGUAGUACCCAGUCGAGUUUUUCUCAAGGACGAGCCCAAAGAAGGAUUCUUUCCUGCUCCGAGGGAUAGCUUUUCUUUUGACAAUUCGCUUAGCCCACAAAGGCAGCUAGAGCUGGAAGCUUCCUUUGAAGCAGCGUCUCAGGAGUCGGCCGGAGUAGAGGAGACAGAGGAGCUGCAAAAACAACCCAGUCGGAGACGCCUUGCUUGAUACAAGUAAAGGUUGACCAAGGGUGCAAAUACAAACUCACAAAGCGGGGGGUAGUGGGCAAGGUAAAGACAAAAUUGACGUACGAAUCAAUAUCGCUAGGAGUACAGCAUCAAUAGCUAGCUAGAAGAGUUGAUAUCUGCAAAACUGUGUCUACUUGUGUGGCGGCUAUCUAGCUAACUAGUAGCCUCCGUACAGCCCUGGGAACUCUGCGUUGGGUGGUCUCAUGUUUGUGAUUCGCCAUCGCAGUCCUCCAUCAUUUCCUCCAUUCAACCAUGCUUCAAAAGUCCCAACCCAGAUUUGCCUCUCAUCUUUGAUAAUUGGCGGGGUCGCCGAUGACGACGAUUUAUUGGCGUUGUCCCCGGAGAUGGAAUCGCUCCGUUGAACCUCCUCUUUCAAUGACUUUAAUGCAUCGGUGGCAGGGUUGACGGGGUCAUUAAAAAUUUCUGGCUUGACCUCAAUCUUCUGUUCCAUCUCGUACAGGACUUCAAUCUGAGCUGCAACGGGUGUCGUGUCAACUUCCUCGGGCUCGCCGGAUGCUGCAUCUUCUUCUCCUUCCUCUUUAGCUUCAAUAGUAUCUGUAUCAGAUUUCAGUUUGUCAUCCUUGCUACUCUGCUUUCCCUCUUCACCAUCGUUCGUGACCGAUUCGCUAUUGUCGUUUGCGACCUCUUCGUUGUCCAUGAUCAUGGCACGCGCACUCAAUACGGCCACAUAAGACACAUUGGUGGUUCCCUCUUUGUAGCUGGCCAACAUUGCGGCAGUUUCUGUUGUAAGAAACAGAGAAUCGAACAACUUGGGUGAUACCAUGAGACCUAAUUGUCCAGCGUGCGACUCUGGGUCCUUUUCUGCUUGCUCUUUCCAAAGAUUGUCAGGUAGGGAAAAGUCCGUGUUUCCGUCGGAUCCCUUUCGAUGCAUGGAGCUAGUUACAAUCUGAUGCAUCCUUUGCAACAAUUUUUCGGUUCUUUCUUCUUGGGACGUAACGCUGGGAAACUCAUUUUGCAGUUGACCCAUGGUCUCAUGGAAAUUUCUCAAAGCGGGCUUGACUCCCAUUAGAAAGUCGCUCACAUCGAAAUUAUACUUUUCC